AUGUCGAUGCAUGACGUUAAUGUAGCACUUGGAAGACUUUUUCUGGCUGCCAACCAUCGUGAUCAAGAUAAAUUCGUCAGAAUGCUCACUGAAAUUCUCCGCGAAUUUGGUAGAGCCACUCUUGAAAAAUGGUAUGAUAACAAGACGCCAAAGAAAAAUUCAUUGCUUCAUGAGCUUGUUGAAUACGAAAUGACAGAUGCUAUCCGUUUGGUAGUCACAGAUUAUAAAUUUAAUAUUAACAUUAAGCGCGUGUCAGAUUGGUUGACACCGUGCGAGCUCGCGGCCAAAAGUGAGAAAGGAGAAAUAUGCGAUUUGCUGGUCGAAUUAGGAGCAACGGUUGCUCGAGCAGAAGGAUCAUCCACAUGGCGAUCAGAUGAUGAAAAGUUAAAUUCAAUGAAUAUCAUAUGGCUUGACCUUGAAAUGACAUCUCUCGAAGCUCCGGAAAUUAUGGAAUGUGCUGUUAUCAUCACUGACCCUAAUUUGAACCCGUUAGAAACAGGGAACUGGGUUAUUCAUUUCGACCAAUCAGUCUUGAGUGGGCUCGGUCAAUGGCAUCAAGACACAUUUAAAGAUGUAAAGGAUGGCGGCAAUGAUUUGUUCGCUGAUUGUCUCAAAUCUAAGCUGACUAGAGAACAAGUAGAAGAAGAGUUACUGACUGUAAUAAAACGUCACUGUCCGGAGAAAAUGUGUUCGUUGGCUGGAAGUUCGAUUCACAUUGACAAACGUGUACUAGAACAAGAAAUGCCAAAAGUGCACAGCUACAUACAUUAUCGCAUCAUCGACGUGAGCUCAUUUCAAGCGAUUAUGAGAAGAUGGACACCUUGGAUGGAAAAGAAAAUCAAAGCACGGUUAGCUCGUAAAGGACCAGUGAAUGUUCAUCAUCGAGCUAUGGAUGACAUUGAAUGGUCAAUCUCGUUUAUGAGAGAAUUACGUACAGUCUUUGAUCAACAGCCGUUACGGAAUGGAAAAAAUAAACACCAAGGCUCACACCACAACAAUCAUCGACCAGCUUUUCAACAUGGUGGUUCUGAACUAUAUAGUACAAACACUAUGAAACUGCCACAAAUCAAUCAAAGUGUAAUGGGUAACUCGGAAUUGUAUGCAGACGAAAGGCGACUUGUGGAGCGUCUGAACCAUGAGAAAAACUAUGACGUGAGACGUCUAAAACUUGAUACAAAAUUUCAAGAAACAUACGAUGAGAAUCCACAUUUGCGUGAACUUUUUAUAAACAAUGAUCUAUUGCAACACAAUGAGGAAGAGUUUAAUAAAGCUGAUCGUCGAUUAUUGGCAAAACUACCUCCAUUCGUGAAAAUCAGUGUGAAUAAUUCAAAUAAGAUCACCACUACUGAACAUUGGGGACAAAGAAAACUGCUCUUACCGGAGAUUGAGUUUCUUACCAAAUAUGGCAAUGAUCCCGACUAUGUGGUUAUCUACGCUGGAGCUGCUCCUGGUAUUCAUAUAGUCUAUUUAGCUUCGCUUUUUUCAAGAAUGGAGUUUCUACUAUUCGAUGAUAAAGACUUCGCAAUAUAUUCGCGUGGGAAUAUGAAAGUUCACAAAGAGAAAUUUACCAAUGAGAUUGCGGGAAGUGUUAACAAAUUGAGAAAAAAAUUGUUAUUUAUUUGUAAUGUUCGUACCUACACUCCGGCAUUAUAUGGAAACAACGCGGCGCCUAACAGUGAUAUGUCUGAUCAGCUGCAAUGGUAUACUAUAAUGAAGCCGUUUGCAGCCUUAUUGAAUUUCCGACUUCCACGUGAGUCUGGAUCGACUGAAUAUCUCGAUGGCUGUCCAAUCAUCGAACCAUGGGCAUCAAGAAAAGCUAUGGAAUGUCGAUUACUGGUGAAGAAAGAUGCUAAAAAAAUUCAUUAUGAUCAUCAAGAAUUCGAAAGUGCACAAUACUAUUUCCAGAACGUAAUGCGAGUAGCGUAUUAUAAACACGAUAUGGACAGCGUACCUAAUGAAGGAUUGGAUCAUUGUUAUGACUGUCGGGCUGAAAUUUACAUCAUUCAAGAAUAUCUUAAGAAAGUGAGAAACAUCAAGGAUCUAGAAGAGUUGAAACGCAAAACAGCUGAAAUGUCAGCAGAAAUAUCAAAAUGUAUUGUUGACCCGACAAGAAAGCCUAUUAUUGAUGCGCCAAGAAAAUUGAAUAUUAUUCCAAAACGAUCAGAAGACACUAAUGCGAAUUUUUGA